AUGCAGCAGAUGCAUCGGAGAUUGUCGCUCGUCGGAACAGUAGCGUACUGCCUCAGGAUAAUAACUCGUCGCUGGUUACUUCGCUCGCCUCCAUCUCCCCCGCGCUUCCCCUCCCCACACUCUCCGCCCUCCGCCACCUCUCCCUCGACCGCUGCCGCGCUCCCCGCAUCCCUCCCCGCCGCACUCCCCCUUCUUGAAACCCCAGAGCUGCGCGAAUGCGCCUUGCUUUCAGCCGUCCCCGCCUACAUCCCCGCGCGCUUCCGCCGCCUCCGCGCGCUCACGCUCGCCUACCUCCCCUCGCUGCGCACCCCCCUCUCCGCGCUCCUCUCCGCAUCCCGCCCGUCUGCUCCCGGCGCAGCGGAAAACGGCAAUUCCGGGGCAUUCUCGGAAGGAGCGAACGCGGAAGCUUAUACCGCGCCAGCUUGUAAGGAGGAUGGAGCGGAGAGCACGAGUCCCCCCGCGUCCCUCACUGCGCUCUCCGCCCUGUGCUCCUUGCAUCUCGUCGCCUGUGGCGCCCUCACCCGCCUGCCGUCCCCGCCUGUGGCGUUGCAAACCAUUGCGUAUGCGGAAACAGGUUGGGGGAAUGGCGGCAGCGGCAUCCGUGGCAGCAGCAGCACCACCACCACCCCCACCAACACCACCACUCAGGCGCCCCUCCCCCUCUUGCCAUCGCUCACCUGCCUGCGCGCCUCUCACUGCGCGCGCCUCACCGCGCUGACUCGUGCAUGGAUGCACCUGCCGUCACUACAGGAGCUGAUCCUGAACGAUAAUGGCCAAAUGGAGUCACUCUUUGACGGGGAUAACUGUGACAGAUCUCCCGCCUCCCAUCAUGACACCGUUCACUGUGACACUCUGCAGUCUGACACUGCUCCUCCAUUCCCCCCUCCUCUCCCCUCUUUGCUUUCUCUCACUGUCUCCAACUGUCCUCGCAUCUCCCGCCUCCCUGCCUUCCUCUCCUGCUCCCCCACUCUCCUCCAAUUGAAGCUGCACGGCCUCUCUGAUCUCACUCUCCUCCCAUUUCACAAUCCCUCCAAUGCUGAUGUAACGGGUGUGGCUCUAACGGGUACAGAUGAGGUAACUGGCGUUGUUGUAACCACCACGGCCGCUGUUACCAGUCCUGGUUUUGUCCCCGGCGUAGACGUUGCACAGGGCAGUGCUGGCGCGGCUGCUGCUGCUGCUGCUGCUGCUGGGUUGAGAGUGUUUGGAGAGUCAGAGAGGUCGCGCACCAGCUGUGCGGCGGAAGGGGAAGGGGGAGGGGGAGCUGUUGCAGCAGUGGAGACUGCGCAGACUGCGCGGAAGGGCGGGGGAGUGAGCAGGCGCGCAACGGAAACUAUCACCGCGAGUAAAGUUUCCGCCGAGGGGGACACCGCGCGCGCAUUCGACGUUAAAAUCUUGCGGGAGGAUGAUGAAAUGCUCUCCCCCGCCUCCUCUUCCGCCCCCUCUUCCCCCUCCCCCCCCACUUCCGCCUCUUCCGCCUCUUCCGCUCCCCUCCCUCCCCCACCCCCCCAUCUGGUCCUCUCUCACCUCCGCUCCGCCGCUCUUGCGCCCUGCGUGCUCCUUCCCGCCGCCCCUGCCCCCCCUGGUCCGGGGGAAGCGGGGGAGGGGGGAAGCGGGGGGGAGGAGGGGGGGAGGAGGAGGGCGGAGAGGGAGGCGCAAGGGUCGGGGGCAGCGCAGUUUGUUUCUCCCUUUCUGUUUCUUAUAAUUUCCACUCCCCUCUCUCACUGUCCACCCAUCCCUCGACACAUCACUCCUUCCCUCACUUACCACUCCUCUCUCUUCUCUUUUCCUCACUCUCGUCCUGUCAUCUGCACUCUAACCCAUCGAACUCUUGGCCAAUGUAACCCCGCUCACACAUUCACCCCCCUUUUCACCUUCAUCCUAACGUCACCAGCCCUCGCAGACCCUUCAGCCUCUCUCCACCCCCUCAACUCCCAAAAGUUUUCCUUUCACAUCCUCCCUCCAUUUCUCUACCCGUUUCUACCCCCUCCACUUACUCCUUUCCUUUCCACCCAAUCUUUCUUCCCGUCUUACCCCCUCCCUUCCUCCUCCCUUGCACGACUUUGGACAGCUGUCAACAUCCCAUUGGCCUCCACCCAGUCCGCCCUCAUAUACGUCCUAGAGGUGUGCCGGCCUGGAUCAUCAAGCCGACAGGUUCCGUACGCCAUCUCUCCAAUAAAGCACUGUCACAACAACUGGUCCUCGUUCCACCUUGUGCCAAUCCUGCUCACGUCCCCGUUCGUGCUUCUUCGCUGCUGCUUGUCCUUACUGCCACUGUCCUCCUACUGCCCCCCCCCCCCCUCCUCCCCCCUCCACCCAUUCGCACGCCUGCUGUCCGUUCCACCACCACCUCAUUCCCACUCACAGGGCGUGGCGAUGUUUGGCCCGCGAGGAGAAGCCGUAUUUCAAAACGAGGGGCACUCCCUGCUCUUCCCUGCAGCACCAAGUGCCACGUCAGCUGCCACGUCAGAUGCCGCGUCAGACAUGGUGAAGGGAACAGAUUCCACAGAGGGUGGUGUAGCAGGCGUGGCAGCAGGGGAAGAUGAGGAGGAUUGGAUUCGGGUGGAGUCACACAGCUGGGGAGGCGUAGAGUUUGUGCUUGUGGCUGGGCAAAGAGAGUAG